CGCGCCCCGCCACCACACAUACAUCACACACACGCACGCGCGCGCGCGCACUAGACACAUUCCGCCGCGAACAGUUUAACGCAUUUUGUAUACGCAAGCCUAAUCGAAUUCAAUCCCAUUUAUUUUAUAUCCGUCUGAAAAUAGAAGGAAAUAAAGUGCAUUUUCGACAUCUUAUGCUAUUUUACUUUUGGAAAAAUGAAAACGCAAUACAGCGAGACAGUGAUUUUAUGAAAAUGCUGUAGGCGUGAUGACUGAAAGUACUGUUCGCAAGUGAUUCGAUUCAAAAAUGGUGAUUUUAACCUCAAAGAUCAGAAAUGCUCAGAUUCUAAUAUGAAUAAUAAUCAUAAAACUGAUGAGAUGUUUCAAGAAAAUACUCUAAUUUGCAAACAAAAACAAAAGAGGAAAAGAAAAUUUAGAAUCCAAGAAACUGUAGAUUCGCUAACACAAUUGAAGGAAGGCUGCAAUGAUAUUACUAUUGAUAAAAGUCUAUCAAGGGAUGAUUCAAAUGAGAAUGUAAAGAUUCCAAAGAAGUUAUCUAAAAGACAAUUAAAGAAACAGAAGGCUCUCCAAGUAGCAAUUCAGAAGAAAGAGUCUAGCAGAAUAAAUAUCAUGCAGAAGGCAUUGAGUUAUGUACACAGAUGGAAACAUUCUAAAAACGAAUGGAAAUUCGAAAAACUCAAACAGAUUUGGCUAAUAAAUAAUUUGUUAGAUGAGAAUUCCAUUUCUGAAACAUUUUUUCCUAUUGUUCUGGAAUACUUCAAAGAUUGCAGAGGCAAGGCACUAGAAAUACUAUUACAAAAGGCAGUAGAAAUGAUAAAGAAAGCUGAGAAAGAAGAAGAUGAAGAACAUAAAUGCAAAAUUAUGAAGUCAAUUGCUUAUAAGAGAGCAAGACAACUUUUGCAGACUUUACCAACCGAUAAAUAGUUUUAAUAAUAUGUUAAAGGAAAUAUUGAUAAAAUUGUUUAGAUUUCCUACAUCACAUCUAUAUAACGAUAUGUAAAAAGCCAACAGUUUGUAUAAAAGUUUUAUAUUUUCUGCAAUACAGUAAUAUAUAUCAACCA